GUAGAGGAGCUUUGACAGCUCGCGCUUAAUCGGCUGCCCACCUGCUAAGGCAAGCGUUCUCCAUCAUCUCCUGGUCAGACGAGGAUGGAUGGUUCAAGUUCCCAAAUCGGAGGUAAUGUGGACUCUUUCCUGAGGAAUUAUAAGCUUGGCAAAACUCUUGGCAUUGGUUCCUUUGGUAAAGUGAAAAUAGCUGAGCAUGCAUUGACCGGGCAUAAAGUUGCUGUCAAGAUUCUUAACCGCAAAAAGAUAAAAAAUAUGGAAAUGGAAGAAAAAGUCCGAAGGGAAAUCAAAAUACUGAGGUUGUUUAUGCAUCCUCAUAUCAUACGGCUUUAUGAAGUCAUAGAGACGACAUCAGAUAUCUAUGUCGUGAUGGAAUAUGUGAAAUCGGGUGAAUUGUUUGAUUACAUCGUUGAGAAGGGCCGUUUGCAGGAAGAUGAAGCCAGAAAGUUUUUUCAACAGAUCAUUUCUGGUGUGGAGUAUUGCCAUAGGAAUAUGGUAGUCCAUAGAGACCUUAAGCCUGAAAAUCUUCUAUUGGAUUCCAAGUGUAAUGUUAAGAUCGCUGAUUUUGGAUUGAGCAAUGUUAUGCGUGAUGGUCAUUUCUUGAAGACCAGCUGUGGCAGUCCGAAUUAUGCUGCUCCGGAGGUCAUUUCAGGAAAAUUGUAUGCUGGUCCCGAGGUUGAUGUGUGGAGCUGUGGAGUAAUCUUGUACGCUCUUCUCUGUGGGACCCUGCCAUUUGAUGAUGAAAAUAUCCCCAACCUUUUUAAGAAAAUAAAGGGCGGGAUAUACACUCUUCCUAGCCAUUUAUCACCUGGUGCAAGGGAUUUGAUCCCAAGAAUGCUUAUUGUUGACCCGAUGAAAAGAGUUACUAUUCCUGAGAUUCGCACACACUCUUGGUUUCAAGCUCAUCUGCCACGCUAUCUAGCUGUUCCUCCACCAGAUACGAUGCAACAGGCAAAAAAGAUUGACGAAGAAAUACUACAAGAAGUGAUUAAGAUGGGAUUUGAAAGAAACAAUCUCAUUGAGUCUCUUCGCAACAGAGUGCCAAAUGAGGGAACUGUUGCUUACUAUUUGCUACUUGAUAACCGCUUUCGUGCUUCCAGUGGCUACCUGGGUGCUGAAUUUCAGGAAUCGAUGGAAUAUGGUUUCAACCCUAUGAACUCAAAUGAUUUUGUAGGGUUACCUUCUGGGCAACCCUUCGCUGGGAGUAUUGAAUAUCAACCGGUUGGUGCAAGACAACAGUUUCUACUUGAAAGGAAAUGGGCUCUUGGGCUGCAGUCUCGAGCUCAUCCGCGUGAAAUAAUGAUGGAAGUCCUUAAAGCCCUACAUGUGCUGAAUGUCUGUUGGAAAAAAAUAGGGCAGUACAACAUGAAAUGCCGGUGGACUCCAAACCUUCCCGGUUACUAUCAUGAAGGAGUGUUGAACGUUUCAUUGCAAAAUAAUAAUUACUUCGAAGAUCAAUCUGCUAUCAUAGAAAAUCAAGGUGCUUCUAGAUUGGCAAAUGUUGUCAAGUUUGAAGUUCAGCUGUACAAAACUCGGGACAACAAGUACCUCCUGGACCUGCAAAAGGUGCAGGGACCUCAGCUCCUCUUCUUGGAUAUUUGCGCUGCUUUCCUCGCGCAGCUUAGGGUUCUCUGAAGCAGCAGGAGCUUGUUUGCUCAGAGUGAUAACCCUUGGUGAAUGUGUAGUGUAUAUGAUGGUAAUAUUGUGGAGUUGUUGACUCUUCCCUUUUUGUCCUCCGUCCCCCAAACAUCUGAAUUGUGAAUUGCCACCCUGAGUUUCAGUGGUGAGUAUGUGUUACCCAUUGAUUCCUUAAGAGUUAAUGUUUUAGAUGAAAUAUCUUCACUGGUGUUAAUGUGUUAUAGAUAAUAGAUAGACGGAUAGGGCAGGAUAGAUUGGUUUGAACCUUUGCCUCUCUCUGUGUAGAGGUUUUUUAAGUGUAAAACCAAACAGGCCUGCCUAUCUUGCCAGCUGCACUCUGAAACUGCUUAGAGUGUUUGCUUUUUUAAUUGGCCGUACUACAUCAUCUUUUAAAUUGACCCAUGGUUGAUCACCUGUUUGUAUUUUUAUGAACUCUAAUACUAUGAGGCCUGGUCCGGAAAUUAAGUUUCCUGGUCAUGGAGCUCACUACCCAACUGUCC